AAAACAAGGAAAAACGACACAGUAACUACCUCUUUGCUUGGGAGCUGAGAGACCUGGUCAACAAAUACCCCAAAAAAGUUCACUCACUAUUAAAGAAGACCAAUCACCUGCCCUUCUGGGCAAAGUCCAAAGAAGACCUUACAUUUCUCAGUUCUCAGUCUGAGUCUCAGCUCUACCUCCACCAUGACGAAGGAGAAGAAGGUCCAAAGCACCACUAUCAAUUCCAAUUGCUACCCAUUAAUCCGAUCCUUAAACUUUAUAAGACCCAUUUCUCAAUUCAUCUUCUUUCUCUUUCUUUCUCUACCAUUCCAAUCUCUCCCUUCAUCUUCAUCUUCUUCUUCUUCGGAUCGAAAAUUCAAAGACCCACCUCCUCUUCCCAUAUUGCCAAUCCCCUCUGCUUUUCAGCUCCGAUGGCAAUUGGAUGAUAUGGCCAUCUUCCUCCAUUUCGGGACCAACACCUUCACAGAUUCUGAAUGGGGCAGUGGUCGCGCUGACCCAUCUGUUUUCAACCCGACUCAGCUCGAUGCUGCUCAGUGGGUCCGAGUUGCUAAAGACUCCGGGUUUAAGCGUCUAGUUCUCACUGCAAAACACCAUGACGGCUUCUGUUUGUGGCCCACAGAAUACACUGAUUACUCGGUGAGGUCGAGUCCUUGGAGGAAUGGGAGUGGUGAUAUUGUAGGUGAGUUGGCUCAGGCUGCUAGGGACGCAGGGAUUGGAUUGGGGAUUUACCUUUCGCCCUGGGAUCGCCACGAGCCGUGUUACGGGGAGACGUUGGAUUAUAAUGAGUUCUACAUAGGGCAAAUGACUGAAUUGCUCACCAAGUAUGGAGAUAUCAGGGAAGUAUUUUUGGAUGGUGCAAAAGGGGAGAAUGAGAAGGAUAUGGAGUAUUUUUUCGAUUCGUGGUUUAGUCUUAUUCAUCAGCUCCAGCCUGGGGCUGUCAUUUUUACUGAUGCUGGUCCUGACGUCAGGUGGAUUGGGGAUGAGGCUGGUAUAGCUGGGUCUACAUGUUGGUCUCUUUUUAACCGGAGUUAUGUCACCAUCGGUGGUUAUGAUACUGAAUAUUUAAUACGAGGAGACCCAGUAGGACAUGAUUGGGUGCCUGCUGAAUGUGAUGUCUCAAUAAGGCCUGGUUGGUUUUGGCAUCCAUCGGAAGUUCCAAAGUCUGCAAGUACGCUUCUUGAUAUAUACUAUAAAUCAGCUGGCAGAAACUGUCAAUUGCUACUAAAUGUGCCUCCAAACUCUUCAGGUCUGAUAUCAGCUGAAGACAUACAAGUGCUUAAAGAAUUCAACGAACUUAAGAAAUCAAUAUUCUCUCUCAAUCUGGCUGCAAAUGCUCUUCUCACCGCCAGCAGUACACGAGGAAGACUCCAGGAUUCUCGCUUCGACCCCUACAAUGUCCUUAAAGAAGGCAUUUAUACCUACUGGGCCCCUGAGGAGAAUCAGUAUGAAUGGGUGUUAUACUUGAACCUUACUAAAGUAGUUUCUUUCAAUGUUCUUCGAGUUCAGGAGCCGAUUCAUAUGGGACAGCGGGUUAUGGAGUUUCACCUUGAGAUCCUUAAUGCAAAUGAUGAGUGGAAGAAAGUGAUCAAUGGCACCACAGUGGGAUAUCAGAGACUGUUGAGAUUUCCAACUGUUAAAUCUCAGCAUUUGAGGUUUGUCAUUGACGAGUCCCGAGCAGACCCUCUUAUUUCCAACCUCGGAAUUUAUAUGGAUGAAUUUUCCAUUUUCAGCAACAUCGUAUAUAAUAAUACAAGGAGGCACACACACCUCAAUGGCAGUCAGUAUCUUCGCCAUAUUCCAUUCAAUCAUUCCCAAGUAGCCACGAUGUAGUCUUUAUUUAUUUAUAUACCUUGGUGUAUAGUGUUCAGAGGUUCAAGCAUUAGUUUGUAUGAAAAAUUUCUAUUUCGCAAAUUCACAAAAUUCUUAGCACCUUGUGGAUCUCAUUUCUGAGAAUAAAUUCAAACCCUCUACUGGUUAUCUGUA